AUGGAGAAUAACUCCAAAAUAUCUGAACCUGCGGAGCACCAGGAUGACUUGCCGUAGGUUUAUUUAAAAUAGUUUGUUUUAUAUAUUACUAAUGUAAUAAUUUAGUUAGACGAUAUGUCACUAGGUAACUGCUUGUAUAAAAGUCCAGUUUAUUUAGUUAUAUAAUUUAACAGGUUAGGAUUUCUGGGUGAUAUUUUGUAAAUGUGUCUAUCAUUUCAAUAUCCGAUAUUUACCUUGUAACCCUGGACAUUAUAACCUCAGCCUUACUGGAUAAUACCAGAGCUAUAAUCAUUAUUUUAAUGCUAAUCUCACUAAUUGAAAUUAAUUUUACAAUUAGUAAUAACAAAUAUUAGUUUAAAGGGACACUAUAGUCACCUGAACAACUUUAGCUUAAUGAAGCAGUUUUGGUGUAUAGAACAUGCCCCUGCAGCCUCACUGCUCAAUCCUCUGCCAUUUAGGAGUUAAAUCCCUUUGUUUAUGAACCCUAGUCACACCUCCCUGCAUGUGACUUCCACAGCCUUCCAUAAACACUUCCUGUAAAGAGAGCCCUAUUUAGGCUUUCCUUAUUACAAGUUCUGUUUAAUUAAGAUUUUCUUAUCCCCUGCUAUGUUAAUAAUUGCAAGACCCUGCAAGAGCCUUCUGUAUGUGAUUAAAGUUCAAUUUAGAGAUUGAGAUUCAAUUAUUUAAGGUAAAUUACAUCUGUUUGAAAGUGAAACCAGUUUUUUUUUUCAUGACGGCUCUGUCAGUCAUAGCCAGGGGAGGUGUGGCUAGGGCUGCAUAAACAGAAACAAAGUGAUUUAACUCUUAAAUGACAAUGAAUUGAGCAUUGAAAUUGCAGGGGAAUGAUCUAUACACUAAAGCUGCUUUAUUUAGCUAAAGUAAUUUAGGUGACUAUAGUGUUCCUUUAACAAUUAUCCAAUGUUUAAAACAAGAAGUGUAUGAGGUCUGUUCUGUAAAGUCUAGAAUGUUUGCCUAUUUGAGGAAAAUGAUUAAAAUAGUUUACAAAGUGUAGAAUUCAGCAGGAAUAGUUUUUGGAACCAUCCCCGCUGGGUAUUAACAGGGUUUGGGGGCUGAGGGAAUUUAGUGUUGGAAUAUCGAUUAUAGUAGAAAUUGCCCAUUUAUUCCAAAAUACGUGAUUUCUUCCAACAAUAGAGGGCAGGUGCACGGAAUGAUUCAAUACAUAUACAAUGUGUCUCCAUGCACUAUGUUAUAUAAAAUAUGUUUCAUUAUUGAAGUAUCAUUGGCUCAUCAGAACCUCCAGAUGCUUGUAGCUAGUGGACCAUGCUCAAACAUCGCACUCUACCUACAGCUGGUGUUACCGAGCAACAGACCAAACAAACUGACGCAAAGUGUAAUUAUGAUACAAAAUAUAAUGUAUCUGGGUUCAUUAUCUGGUAUAUCCAGUGCUGAAUAGUCAGUGAUUACACAUUAUUCCACUGAUAACCAGAUUUGAUCCAUUUCAAAGAAAGGCAGUAAAUAAGAUGAAGGAAAACUCUGAUUUAUGUGAACCUGAAGAGCAAUAAAAUGAUUUGCUGUAGGUUUACAUAAAAACAUUUUAUUUAAUUUUUUAUUAAUGUAAAGAUAUUGUUAGAACUUAGAUCCCCUUUUAACUAGACACAAUGAAUUUAAAGAAACAAUUAAAUGACUGAGCAGGCAUGCAUCCAAUUCUAUAGGUUAUAGAUAACUGGGCGAUAAUGUGUAAGGUUGAUUUUAUUUUCAAUGAAAAACUGUGGACUUGUGGACUAUUAGAGCUUUGUUUACUAUAUUAAAACUAAUUACAUUAACUGAAAAACUCCUCUCCAAUCAGUUAUAUCAGUUUGGUGGGGUUUAUAAGGUAAAGUUAGAAAUGGAUUGUAGUUCAUUAUUAAGACAACUAAUUUCAACACAGCUGAGGUUAAAUAGUAUAGAUUUACAAACAAGGUGUGGAAAGGUGGCGCUAUUAGAAUAUGGUGGAAAGAUAAAAUUCAGCUGCUAAAAACACUCCGUGGGUACUCCUAUACACCCACCACACAUAAAAAAAUCACCAAGAGAAACAGAUAAACUUAAAGGUUUGCAGGUAUAACCAUUAAACCCUCAGUUUUUCUCGAGUGUAGCGCUCCGUGUUGUUUUAAAGAAUAGAUUAGUGAAUAUAUAUAUAGUGCUUCUUAUGCACUUACCCUCUAUGUCACACUUGUAUUACAUAGAGAAAAAAAGGAAAAAAAGAAAAACUACAUAAAAACUGACACGGUGCAGAGGAAGAUGAUAAGCUGACUGAGGAAGCCGUUUGACGGUGAAACGCGUUUUGGCAUUUAUUUUCCAUUUGGAACUUUUUAUAUAUUGGCAUUUAUUUUCCAUUUGGAACUUUUUAUAUAUCUGUUUGUUAUUUUAUAUAAAGUUUGUAUACAUUUUAACUUUUCUAAGCAAUAAAUAUACCAUUUAUUUUAAAUAUAAUUCACUGCAUCCCAUUCAAGUGAUUUCAAGAAGGGGUAGUGUCACCCCACUAAUUGACACUAGGCCUACACACUUAGAGCCAGGUACCAAGGGCUCUAAAUAAGGUGAGCAACAUUGUAUUUUAUUUAUAUUGAUUUUAUCAAUACUUAAAAUACUACACCUAGAUUGGAUUAUCUAUCUUUUCUCUGUCCAAUGUGGAGGAAAACAUAUAUGUGCAUAUCGUGAGAGAAGGGUCGUGUGUUCUACCCGGAAAAGACACAGACGCCAGGAAGUUUAGAGCCUUAAAACUGUAAAAGGCUCUAAAAAAUGUGAGUGGACUUAAACUUAAAAACUCACAAAAUCACUGAAAUUAUUUUGAUAUACUGCACGAUUAUUUGUAUUUCUUUCUUUUUUUUUUCCUUUUUUUCUCUAUGUAAUACAAGUGUGACAUAGAGGGUAAGUGCAUAAGAAGCACUAUAUAUAUAUUCACUAAUCUAUUCUUUAAAACAACACGGAGCGCUACACUCGAGAAAAACUGAGGGUUUAAUGGUUAUACCUGCAAACCUUUAAGUUUAUCUGUUUCUCUUGGUGAUUUUUUUUGAGGUUAAAUAGUCUCUGUCUUUCACGACAAUCUUUUUCUAAAACAAUUGCCAAUUUUGAUAAACGCGUUCAAUGACCCUGAAAGGUAAGAAGGUGAAAGAUCCAUCAGGAAAUUUGCCUACAAAACCUUAAGGGACUGAGAAGUUACUGAUGUUAAGUGACAAAACAAAUUAAACUGCUCAAAUACCAGAUAUUGUACAAAUGUAGACAAUAUGCACCAAGUACAUGUUAUUACAUUAUUAACCUUCUUAUUAAAUUCUAAAACAACUCUGAUUCAGAUGAUUUCAUAUUGUGACUGAAAUCUAGCAUUGUGUUAAAAUGAACCUAUUUCCUUUUUUUUUUACUUAUCAGUAAAUUGGAGCAACCUAACAUCCUGUGGUCUAAGACCAAUGUUUACAUAGUGCAGGAAUUGUUAGGCAGUGGCACCUUUGGCAACGUUGUAAAGGGUGUUAUAAACGGAACCAAUGAAAAAGUGGCUAUCAAAAUCCUGAAGGACACUCCAUAUGUUGCUGAACAUGCUGAAGAAGAGGUGGACAUCCUAUGCCAGCUGAGUAAGGAGCAACCAGACGAUUUCAAUCUCGUCAAGCACUAUGACCAUUUCCAGCACAACAACAACAUCUGCAUUGUGUUUGAGAUGUUGGACAUUAGUCUCUCUGACUUUAUCAAAAAAUGCAACUGCAGGCCACUUCCAGUGAAACACAUCCGCCCUAUUGUGCAGCAGGUGGGCAGUGCACUGGCAAAGUUGAAGAGUCUGGGAAUAAUCCACACAGACUUGAAACCAGAGAACAUCAUGCUGGUGGACACGUCCAAACACCCAUUUAAGGUCAAGGUCAUAGACUUUGGCUGUGCAAUCCAUACAUCCAAGGCUCAAUGUUCGCGUUACAUACAAACCAGAUACUAUAGGUAAGGAACAUUUAUUACUCAUAAUUCACAAUUUCAAAGAAAGAACAUAUAUAUCCUUUACAUUUAUGACAUGAGUAUAAUUACUAAUGUUAACUAGGUCUGGUUAUUUUGUCCAACGGUUUUUAUGAAAUAUUAGGAGAUAUUAGUGAUAUUUAUGGUUUCUGGAUGAGUGUAUCAGUCAGUUAGCUCUACACAUUCACACAGGCUCUUAAGGUGAACAUGGAUUGAUCAGAAUUUGCCCAAGUGGCAUGGCUGCUUGCUACAGAGCUCUCCUAAGGAGUAAGGAAGUGGGUGAAAUAUUCCUACGUUCUUCUUCUUCUAAGCUUUGCAUAUCAAGCUGUCAGAAAACAUGUCACUUAUAUAUGCCUUGAAGAAAAAGAUUACAAAAUAUGGAUAUAUGGGAUCUCUGCUGGAAUUCUCAUAUGUUCACAAAGUGAUAUAACGGGCUUCAAAAAGCUGUGGAGAUCUGUGGAAUGUGAUGGACUUUCUACAUUCCAAAGAAACAUUUAGGCAGUUCUCCUCUAUUAUUCUCAUUUUAUAAAAACUGAUCAUCAUUAACGUACUAGGAAGUGGCUGCAGACAUGGUAUCUCAUUAUGCUAGGGGAAAUGGGAGGUGGGUUUUUCUGGACACUCUCUGUCAGCUGAUAUGUGCUUGUGCUGAGUGUUUUGAGAGUGAUGGUAAAACACUUCCACUGGUAACUCUCAGGCAGCCAGAUGGAGCAGAGUCAUGAUUAACUUAACAGAAAUAGUCAUUAUUUCAGUGAACUAAGUUAAAAUUAAGUGGUUUAAUCCUAUAUUUCAGUUAAUUUACAGUUUUAACAUGUAAAUUAUUUAGCUAACAUUCUGAUUUCUCUCCUUUUUAUAAAAAUCAGGUCCCCAGAAAUUAUAUUAGGAUUACCAUUCUGGGAGGCCAUUGACAUGUGGUCUCUUGGGUGUAUCAUGGCCGAGCUAUUCACAGGACACCCAUUAUAUCCUGGAGCAUCUGAGUAUGAUCAGGUGAGUUCAGAUCUAAUAGACAUCUGGGUUUAAUUAUAUAUUAAGGUCUCAGUCAGGAAUCCAGAAUGAAUUCACGUAGAAAGAUAUCACGAAGCUGUUAUAUUUGCUUAUACAGACUAGAGUCAAAGUGCAAAGAUAAAACUGUCAAUUUUGUUUAAAAUUAGUGAGGACUAUUCACCAAACAAAGAAUUGUAAUGAAUCAAGAUACAAAAUUGAAACAUUUAGGCAAAAUUGCAAAUUUCAAAAAGUUCUUCAACCCAACUGCUGUCACACCUUUUAGCCUGAAAUUUGGGAUACGGUUAUUAAUUCACCGUAAUCUGGUGUUUAGUAAAUUGAUUGUACUGAGUACUAGUACAAGUUAGAACAUUUUUAAAGCAUCCAUGUUAGCAUACUCAAACCAGCCUUCAUUUGGUAGUUUAGGUAACUUUCUAUAGACGCAUUUAGGUGUAUAAAUAAUGUAUUUAUUAAAUCCAAACAAUUUCAUUAAAAGAAGUAAUUGUACUCCAACUUUUAAAUUUGAUGAUAUUUGUAUUUUAACUAGUUUGUAAACAGAAUAAAUAAAGAAUAUCCCUGUGGCAAAAAGAAGUCAAAGCUUUUUAAUAAAAAUAUGUGCAGCAUUAGAAUGUGGAGGCAGUCAGAUUUGUUUACUCUGUUUUUAUAUAGUUACCGUAUUAUCACUGUUUGUAACGUUAAGUAAUUUAUUUAUUAAUUUCACAAUGCUAGUUUACAUUCAUUUACUUAAUUUCUCAAAUAUAACUGCAGAAAAUGUUAGUUAUUGAACAGUUGUGGAAAUGCAGUAAACCAGAGAGAUUCAAAGCUGGUUAUUAUGGGUUAUGGGUGAUUAUGGGUACGUUUACAGUUUUAAUAGAAGUUGAUGCUACUUGUAUGAAACGUUGUGACCUCUUGCUUCCUCCCUGCAGAUCCGCUACAUCACCGAGACGCAGGGUUUGCCCCCUGAAAACAUGCUCGAUAGGGGAACAAAGACCGAGUUUUACUUUAGAAUCGACUGGGAUUCUGAUGAUGUAUUAUGGAGUUUGAAGGUGCGACCUCUUAUAUCAACCAUUACCAUAUUUAUAGAAAAUAAAAUGAUUUUUAACCCCUUCAGGACAUCGGGUUAAGCAAAUCCUAUGAUAUAAUGACAGUCCCAGCAGAUGAUCUGCCAUGAACUGGUUAAAGAGACAUUUCGGGAUGUGUAUUUCAUUUAUUUUAUUAAGCCAGAGGAAGUUUUGCACACUCACAUUCAGCAAUACGGAAGUUUUGAUGGGAUAAAAUUUAAAUAACAGAUCCUCCAUAAAGAGUUUUAGGUACUGUUUCCCCUUUUCUCUGUCAGCUUUGCAGCCAUUUUGUAAAAUAACUUUUAAAACCAUACAGUAAAUAAAAAACGAAACUGUUUAGACUCAGGGAAAACUGCUGGGUCAGGUAAUGGUAAGACGUGUUUAUUGGUUCUAACAUUAGCAGGAAACUUACUGUCACACUGUAGAAUGCUACACUGAACCAUGUUCUCAUUCCAGAACCUAAUGGACAAUCUUGUUUUUCCUCUUCUCUAGAGUAAAAUACGCUAUGAAUUCGAUUCUGGUAUUAGACCAAUAGAAAGUCGGAAAUAUGUCUUCAGUUCCCUUGAUGACAUGAGGAAGGUACUGUAUUCCUGGGACACUCACAUUAACCCAAAUAUAGGUAAUCACAUGGCAUCUUCCCAUCAUCCCUGUGGAUUAGCAGAAAAAAAUUACUUUAAAAUGUCUGGUUAGCCAAGCACGGAGGAGGUGGUGGAGCAAUCUCUUUGUGCUUAACUUUGGAUGUGAGGAGCACAGUUUCAUGGCAACAAUAAUGUAUGUGUAUUGUUCAUACGGGAAGACCCAAAACAUUUUGCACUUCUAGAUAAACACAUCUUAAAACUGAAGUGCAUAUGAGCAAAGACGAAAACAGUUUUGCUGUAAUGUAUGGAUGUUACAUUUACUCUUUUCUAAUAGUUAUUUUUUAAAAUGUAGCUGUUUUUUUAAAUAUAUUAUGAAGGUAUACAAGAAGAACCCUUUUCUUGAUUUUUGCACCCCUGUCAAGAGCCUGAUGAUCUGUCUAGAACCCCUACCAGUGUCGCGUGACAUUGUGGUUUUUCACCACUGAGCCUACCAAACUCUACAGAAGUUGGGGGGUUGGUAGGGAGUACUGAGAAGCAGUCAGAUGACUUAGUGUAGUUACUGCCAUUACCAUUAAUGUUGGCCCUAUGACACUGAGAAAAACAUGUCACUUUGCAUAUUUUUUAUUGAAUAUAAAAAUAUAAUCUUCUCAUACACUGUUUCUUUCUCUUCAGGUAAUUUUACCAUCAAAGCUGGAGAGCAGUGAUACGCUGGUGGAGAUGGGAGAUGUAGGGCAGUUUAUCGAUCUGAUGAAAGAGAUGCUUGCUAUAGAUCCACGCAAAAGGAUAACUCCCACAGAAUUUCUCAGCCAUCCCUUCAUCACCAUGGCUCAUCUCCAGCACUUCACACGGAGUUCAUCGUACGUGAUUUUCCUUGUGCAUUGGGAAGGUUGCUUGGAAAUGUUGAGGAAGUUGGUAUCAAUGUGGGAGCAGGAGGUUCAACCAUAUUCAUAAAUAAUAUAGGAAGCUAAAUAUAUCUACCAGAAUAUGUUGAAUGAUAUAAAUUGUAUGAGGAACCUCCAGUACUCUAGCUUUUUGCUGCCUUUUCGUGACCUAUAGUGAUACAUAAUAUAAAGAAACUGGCACCCCCCAUUACAAUAUAGUCAAACUGCUCCCCACCUCUUCUCUGCAGCCAUGAGAGUGACAGUUUAGCUCAGAGAGAGAGAGCUCUUCCUGCUCCGUAAAGGGUGUAGUGGAGGCAGGGAGCAGCACCAGGGGGGACGCAGGUAAGAAGUCAAACUAUCCUAAAAAGGUUUGAUUACUUACAUUGUGGGGUAUCAGGGCAAUCCUAGCACAAUAACCACUGCAGAGCAUUGAUUCUUAAGGUGCUUGGAGUUUUCCUAUAAAGAAUAUUGUGAGAGUAUUUGUAACUUUAGACAGCAGCUAAAAUGAUGUAUUCUUCCGUUAUGGGAAAGAAAGUUUUAUUAAACGAGGCUUCAUUUCUGUAUUCAUUCUCAUAUUAUUCCACGUUUGUUCAAUUAUUUUAUUACUUUUUUUUGUCUUUUACUUAUCAUUUGUUCCCAUUCUUCCCUAACUGUUUACUCUUUUAUUUCUUCAAAAUUUUGAUCACUUCCUUUUUUUUGUCACAUUCUUCCUUUUUAUAUAAUUUUAUCUCACUGUCUUUCUCUCUCUUUUCCCAGUGUAAAUCCUUGCUUCCAGGCCAUGGAGAUCAACAAAGAACAGGUGAGUAUAGUGAUAGUCCUCUUUAUGGUCCCCUAGGAACCAGUAGGAACUGUUAGGGGCGUCCAGUAGACAGUAAUGUGCAGCUGAGGAUGUCAUGCUUUCUCCAGCUUUUGGGAUGGGGAUCACUAUUCAUAACUGUAAUUAUAACAUGAACACAGGGUAAUAGAAGGUACGAUAUUCUAUUUUACUGAACAAACUCUUAGUAUUGAUGAGAAAAAUGUCAAUUUAAUGUGUGUUAACGCAGAGCAGCAAAUUCCGGGAUUUAUUUUCUCUAUAUAUACUAUAAAACAGCAGGAGGUGUGUCCUGAGCUUCCAGAAAUAGAGACAAAGUCGCAGAAUGCACAGAACACGGAGGAACCGCAGAUAGAAGAAAAUUCUGGGAGGAAAGAAAAGAAAGAAAAUAUUGAGAGACUUCUGAAACUUGUGAGUGCUCCCAGGGGUGUAACUGGGAACGUCUGGGACUGGGUGCAAGAAUUAAAGAAUCUCAGUCCCCCCUAAGCAAUACAUCGGAGUGGGGUGAUGGGAUGAGUCUGACUGCGUAUGGAGUUGGUUUAUUGUAACCUUAAAGGGAUACUUUGGGCACCAUAACAACUUUAGAAUUUGAAGUUGUUAUGGAGCAUGGUACUCCUAUGUGCCUUUCUACCUCAAAGAGUUAAACUGUUUAUGAUUGGUUUAACCCUGUCUACCCAACUCCUUCCACUGAUUCUGCAUUCAAUCAGGAGGCCUCAGACUCGAUAUCCCUGACUAGUUCCCCAUUUAUAAAACUGAGUGGAAAAGGUCCAUUUUAUGAAUGUAUUGUGUGACAGUGUGAAGUGACCAUGGUUGUCAAUGUAUGGUAUAUCUGAAAAGCGUGCCAAUGUGUUUAUGGUAACGCAGAGGUGUGUUUUUGUUUGAAGGUUUAUUUGCAGUAGAAUAUAAGUGUGUAUUUGUGUGUUGCUUUUUCUUCAGUCCCAUUUAUCAGUACUAUUUUUAUUUUUUAUCUCUGUAUAUAAUAUAAAAUACGUAGUUUCACAUAUAAUUUCUAUGAAAGUUGAUAAAUUACAAUGUUCAAGGGACUCAUUAAAUGCAUAAAUUCUGAUUUUGUUUUUUCUUUUGAUUUGAAGCAUGAAAAUGCUAUUACACUUGCAAACCAAAUGGGCGUACAAAACGAAAUUUCUAGCCAAACCGAGGCCGAGCCCCAGGGAGCGUGUGAGAGUGCCCCACCAGCACAGAUCGAGAUCCAAGACCAGGUAAGAAUGUAUGCAAUGUGGCUGCUUAGUCCUUAAGGUUUGCGAUCACUAGAUGUUGACUAGAGGUAGAGAUUUUACUGGGAAAAAAAAUCCCUGAACUUUCUAACACCAGGGAAAGUAUGACAAUACUCUCUCCAAUACAGAAAUAAAGAUCUUAACAGUAUAGUAUCACUAUAGCAUCUUAAUACUAUUUAAUGCUAUGCUGGGAAUAUAUCCUGUGUGUUUGCUUUCUGUUUUAUUAAUUUCUUUAUAGAGAGAUCGUUACAUAUAUUAUACAUAUAUAUAUACAGGUUACACACCCUUUCCAUCAAUGUUAAUGAAUAGCAAUGCACAAUGGGCUCCUUUAAUAAAUACUUUUUGAUAUUUUCUUUUCUUUUCACGGGUAGCAUGCUCAAGAUGAACCUUUACAGAAAAAGUCAAACGAAGCUGAAGAGAACUGUGAAGUUGUUAUGGAGGAUGUGGGACCCAACACCCAGGAAAGACCAGCUCAGAGCAAGACAGAAACAUCUGAUGAGAAUGAAAUUGAAAUCCUGAGUGAGUUAGAUGAUGGAGACAGAGAAGAAAAGGAGGGAAAAAAGAAGAGAAAGAGGGGAUCAUGCCUGAGACGGGUGUUACGAGCUCUGUGCUGCUGCAUCCCCAGAAAACCAAAGAAAGUGAAGGUGAACACACCCGAGAGCUCAGAUGUUGUCAUAUAUCAGGUUCAUGGACUUCACAAUUCUACCACUGAAAGCAGCACAGAGAGUGAAGCUGCCACUUCCACCCACUCCUCCCUGCCAUCUGAGCGCAGUGGAGGUCUACUGCGGAAAUGUGUAAACAGCGUGUCUCGAAUGAGAAUGAAGAAACAAAAAACCUCUUCAGAAACCUCAAAUAUCCAGUCAUUCCAUCAAUGA